AGGCAACCCCUCCUUGCUUUCUCAGCUGCCUUUCUUUCCAUCUGUUCCUAGCGUUUCUCCACUCCAUUGGCGUUGGCUUAUCAGCUGCUCUGCUCAUCACACUCAAACAACACAAGCUAGUUCAGCACCUCAGCUAAGCCGACCAGCUGCAUUGGUUGAUUGCACUCAUGGGGUUGCAAGAAAUGGAGAAGCUGCAGCUGCAUCGCCAUGGUGGCGGCAAUAUGCGACUUGGCGCAGCCGCGGUCGCCGGCGACGACCAGGCAGCGGGCGGCGGCAGGAGCAAGGCCACGGCGGCAGCGGCGGUCUGGAUUGCCCUGCCGCUGAUAAGGCCCGUCAAGGUCGCCCGCCGAAGACUCGACGAUGGUACCAGCAGCAACAGCUGCGGCGCGAGAGGGGCAGACGAGGAAGAUGAGGAGGAGGUGACGACGCCGAGAGGGGAAGGGUGCAGAAUACCGGCGGAGGCGGCGACGUGCCCUCCGGCGCCCAAGAAGGCGAGGACGGCGGCCGUAGCCAUCGUCACCGACCGCCGGUGCAACCGCGACGACGGCGAGGUGACGGAGUACUACCGCGUGCCGGCGGACCUGGACUCCGUGUUCGCCGUCGUCGGCCGGGUCGCCGAGGCCAACUGAUCGAUUCUUACGUGUAACGCGAGCGAUCCAUUGCGGUUCAAAGAAAUGAGGAACCGAUCCGAGCCCUGUUAAUGUAGCUGUACAUAUUUCGCAUUGUCGUUGGGCUGAACUUUUUGUUGUUGUUGUGAAAAUAAUCGAGAUGGAUGAAUGCACUUGUGAUCUCAU